AUGUCUCUCUUUGUUGAAGAUGAGGACAGCUAUGUAGACCGGAACUCUCCCUCGCCUCCAGCAGAAUUACCGCCCGUAGAGAUUUCGGUAGAGAAAACACAAGCAUACUAUGCGCAGCAGGCGCAAGGAAACGAUGGAAAUAUCCCGGUGGUGCGGUCAAAUGAAGCUGAGACGAUUCCCGUGUACGAGAGCAAAGAGAUUUGUUGCACCUUGCCAUUGCGCUUCUAUCAAGAAAUAACAGAAACAAUGCUCACGCACGACGGUCUACUUGUAUUGGGCCGUGGCUUGGGUUGUGAUAUGGUGACAGUAAAUUUGCUCUACGCUUUGAGCUCACCAUCAGUUUCUUUGCAACACGGCAACAUCACACAGAAAAAACGCAGUUUGGUGAUUUUGCUAAAUGCGAGGGACGACGAAAUAGUUAAGAUGAAGGAGGCAUUAUUAGAGUUACAGUGGAUGAACUCAUCCCAUUUUGGCGAAACCGAUGAGUCUCUGGAAGACGAUUGGGAUUCGCCUUUGCGGGUUGUUAGCAGUGCAGACCUUAACAACACUACGAAGCGGAGACUUGCGUACGAAAAGGGCGGCGCGCUCUCUAUAAGCUCGAGAAUUUUGGUUGUAGACUUGCUUACUGGAAUUAUCUCGCCUCAAGACAUUACAGGCAUUAUUGUUACGCAUUGCGAGCGAGUGAAAGAAACUUCAAAUGAGUCAUUUAUUGUGAACCUUUAUAAAGAUGGUAAUGAUUGGGGGUUCGUGAAAGCAAUUUCAGACGAACCAGAGGCAUUUACUGGCUUCACUCCACUUGCCACCAAACUAAAGGUGUUGCGAUUAUCGAAUGUAUUUCUCUGGCCACGAUUCCAUGUGGAGGUGUCCCAGCUGUUACUUAAAGGCUCUGGAAAGAAGACGAAUAUGGUUACAGAAAUCACGGUGCGCUUGUCAUCCAAAAUGACUAAGAUACAAUCAGCUAUUCUUUCGUGUUUGCAAGCGUGUUUGCUGGAAUUGAGGAGACACAAUCCCUCACUUGAGACAGAAUAUUGGGAUAUGGAGAACAUUCACGAUAAAGACUUCGUUCUAAGAGUUAGACUUUCACUUGAAUCACAGUGGCACCGAAUUUCGUGGACCUCAAAGCAACUUGUCCACGAUAUCGGAACUCUUAAAGACCUUUUGUCUGCACUAUUAACAGAAGACUCCUUGCUGUUCUACCAAAGAGUGCAAGGUAUUGUCGAUGCUAAUAUUAAAAGCUCUGCGAAUGGCGUAGCGACAAGCACCAUGAGCCCGUGGCUUAUGAUGGAUGAAGCAACAACAAUCAUUGCCUUUGCCAAAGAAAGGGCUUUAGGAAAGGUUUCUGUCAAGAAGAGUUCUGAACAAAGGAACGAACUAUUCACAGAUGCUGACGAACAAUCUGAGCUUGUCUACAAUCUCGAAGAGCUACCAAAAUGGGAGCAAUUGGCAAUGGUCAUUGACGACAUUAUGCAUGAGAGAUCUGUUGAAGCGGUCAAGUCAGAGGGACCAAUACUUCUUAUGUGUGCUCUGGAAAAAACUGCACGUCAAUUGUCAGCUGUUCUUGCAGAUUCUCGCAAAAAAGAAAACGUCUCAGGUAAAUGCAUUUACACAAGUCGUAGAUUCAUGGUGAAACAGCUUCGAAAGUACUUGGAAUGGAAGUCUAUUACAACAUUGACGAGGGAGCUAACACUGCAGUUUGCUAAUGAUGCGGCAGAAAACGAGAGCGAGGAGCUGACUGAAAAGUUAAACACUUCAAAAACUUUCACGCGGGGAAAAGAUGGUCCUCAAAGCAAAAGAAGAAGAACCAGAGGAGCUGCAGCAGUCGCUAGUGUAUCUCGGUUGUACUCUGGAAGCUCAUACGAAAAAAAUGCCACUGCUCAAGAUCUUGAAGAUGAUAUAGUGCUUACAGUCGAGAAUCGACUUAAAAAUGAUCUCAAGGCUGAAAGUGGGGACGAGAAUGAAUUAGAUGAAAACCAGAACGAUGACGUGAUGAUUUUUGAUGUUAAGAAGAAAUCUGAUGACUAUCCAAUCGAGCAUAUCGACAAGUUCAACCAGAUUAUAAUUGAAACAUACGAUGACCAUACAAAUGAGUUUCUACUCCAAGAACUAUCUCCUGCCUACAUUAUUAUGUACGAGCCAGACCUCUCAUUCAUUAGAAGAGUUGAGAUUUAUCAAGCAAUUAAUCCAACCUCACCAGCGAAGGCUUUCUUCAUGUACUACGGAACCUCGGUGGAGGAGCAGUCACAUUUAUUGAGAAUAAAGAACGAGAAGCAGUCAUUCACCAGACUUAUCAAAGAAAAAGCAGGACUCGGAAAACUGUUCAGCUCAGAACAUGAGAGUUGGAAGUUUCACUUAAAAAAAUCCCAUGUGGUGAACACUCGUAUUGCUGGCGGUGCUGACUUCAGAACCGAAACUGAUGAGAUGCAAGUCGUGGUUGAUUCAAGAGAGUUUAACUCUUCGCUUCCAAAGUUGUUGUACAGAGUCGGAAUCAAAGUGGUCCCAUGUAUGCUUACCGUUGGUGACUAUAUCCUUUCACCCAAGAUAUGUGUGGAAAGAAAGGCUAUUCCGGAUUUGAUAUCCAGUUUCAAGAGUGGACGGUUGUAUCAACAGUGUGAACAAAUGUUCAGAUACUACGAGCUUCCUACUCUUCUCAUAGAAUUUGAUGAGUCAAAAUCGUUUUCUUUUGAGCCUUUCGCAGAGUUAAGGCCUCCUGGGCUGAAGGCCAAUAUUACUAGUUCGAGAUUGUCCAAACAGGAGAUACAGCUGAAAAUUACCGAGCUACUUGUGUCAUUUCCGAAAUUGAAGGUCCUAUGGUCUUACUCUCCAUAUGAAACAGCUCAAAUAUUUUUGGAGCUCAAGGCAAAUCAACAUGAACCAAACGUGAAUGAUGCCUUGGAAAAAGGUGUCAACCCGAGUAUCGCAACUAGUGAUGGCCCACCUAUGUUCAAUGACGAUGCAAUUGAUGUGUUGCAGACAAUACCUGGAAUUACUAACCUGAACUAUAUUCACAUUGUAAAGAAUGUUCUGAGUCUUUCUGAGUUCGUCAAUUUGUCAAGAGAGCAGCUAAAGGACAUGAUCGGAGAGGAGAAUGCGAACAAGGCUUAUCAUUUCAUCAAUCGCAGGGUUCGAUGA